AUGGAGCAGCAGUUUAUUCUCCGACUUCAUGAAUCGAUAAAGAAUGAGGUUGAUCUCAAGAACUCGACACUGGAGGUUUGCAAUGAAAAGUCUGUUGUCUUGUCGUAUGGUGGACAGAAGUAUCCGGGGAUAAUUGUAAGACUCCCAUGUAUAGUCGAAUCACAAAAGACAAUGGAUAAUAGACAACACUACAAGGUGGCAGACAUAUCCACUCUUGUGGUUGUAUACCCGCAUGGAGAUUUUGACUUUGAGAGGGAGCGGGAGAUUCAUGAGCUGAGUGGGUUGUGCCCACCGCUGAAGUAUGCGAAGGCAAGAAGAUUCCGGAAGAAAAAUAGCAAGAUCGAGUAUGUUGAGGAGAUUGAAAAGAAAGUUGGGGAGCUUCUAGAAAAGGACAUGAGGGCCCGGCUGGUUGAGGUCAUCACAAAGGAGGAGAAAGAGACGUCUGAUGACCUGGACAUGCUGGCUGCAGAGAUCGAGAAAAAGCUGGUGGAUUAUUCUGAAGCACGUUCGGAAGAGUCCAAAAUCCCCUUUGCCGAGACCAAGCAUGAAAAGGAAGAGAAGCCAAAGAACCAGGAGCUUGAACGUCUAGAGAAAAGUGUUGAGGAGAAGAGAAAGCAGAUGGAAAGUGCAUUGAAUCCGAUUCUUCAAAAGAGAUUUGAGUUACAACUUGAAGUCCUACUUAAAGAGCUUGAGGCCAUGAAGAAGAGCCUGGGAGAAGAGUAA